GAUUAAUUAGCAAACUUCCUGGAUUGAAACUGUAUUGUGGAAAUUUAUAAGUUCUACAAAUUGUGGAAUGAUUGCCAUUUAAUAGAUACACCAAAACUAUAGAUAGCAGGAAUUUUUAUAGUCUAUAUGAUAAAGGCAAAAUGGAAUUUUCUGCUGGCGCAAUUUUUGGUAUUGUAGCUGGUUCUAUAGUUUUCCAAGGAAUGAUAAUAGUUGGAAUAAUAGUAGUGUGUGUGUCAUGUUUAAAUUCAUUUGGAAAAGAAAGACUAGCUGUAUAUCCUUCCUCAGCAACACGGGUUCAAAGAAUUGCUCAAGCCCCAAAUACAAACAACGAAUUACCACAUACAUCUCAAUCGAUGGAAAGGAAUUCUAUAACACAGAAGGCUGCUCCGAUGGAAACAAAUUCCACUACAACAGUAAGUCGAAAGAUAGAAACAGAUGAUCCACCACAGACCUGUCAUGGAAAGGAAGAAAAUAAAACACUGAAGACUGGUCCCAGGGGGGAAACAAAUAACACACCACAAGGUCAUCGAACGGAAACAAAUGAUGAACCACAGACAGAUCAUCGAAAAGAAACAAAUGACAUUCCAGGGCUCACGAUCGAAACAAAUAAUAUACAACAGGCAGAUCCUCCAAUGGAAACAAAUUCCAUGACAGAUCCCGAGACCGAAACAAAUGCUAUAACAAGGACCCUGAAGAAAACAAAUGAUAUCCAACAGGCACGUCCUCCAAUGGAAACAAAUUCAAUGACAGGUCCAGAGAUGCAAAAUAAAUCUAUGAUAGGUCCCCUGAUGGAAACAAAUGAUACACCAAGGACAAGUCCUUCAUUGGAAACAAUUUAUUCAACAAGUCCCCAGAUGGAAACAAAUAAUACACACCAGACAGGUCCUCUGUUGGAAACAGAUUCUAUGACACAAUCCCAGAUGGAAACAAAUGAUACACCACAGACAGGUCCUCUGAAAGAAGAAAAUUCUACAACACUGAUAGUUCCUUGUAUGGAAACAAAUGAUACAAAGAAGACAGCUGUUAAGAUAGAAACAAAUGAUAUAGCUUCUAACACCGAAACAAAUGAUACAGCUUUUAAUAAGGAAACAAAUGGUAUAACCAAGACAUUGUUUUCAUUGCAAAAUAAUGAUAAAACAUCUACCGACCAAUUUACUGAAGAAGAAAGCAAAACAACGGAUUCAAAAUUAACAGCACAUUGCAGUGAAUCAAAUGACACAACACCAAAAACGAAUAUAUUAAAUAAUAAUGCCCAGACAGAUCACCUAAUGCUCACAAGUGAUACAACACAAGAAACGUUUUCGGUGGCUACUCAUGAUAACGGGUCAAUAUCUUCUGUUGAGACAUCGGACAAAACACAAAAAAAUACCCUCAUGCCUGCAGCUGAUAAUGAAGCUUCUCAAAUGGUGUACCAUAAUGAUAAAACGAUAACAGUUCAACCAUUGCUGACAUAUGACAUUAUUACUCCAACAACUUCAACAAUAAAUACGACUGAGGAAAUGAUGAAUGGUUCUCAAAUAGAGAUACAAACUGAUAAUAAAUCUAACGAUUCAAUAGUUCCAAAAAUGGUAACAAAUGGAUCAACAAGUUCAAGUACUUCAAUGGAUUCACUAUCUACAACAAAAUCUCAUGCUACAUUACCAUCAUUACUAUUAAUGCAAGCAAAGGAUACAACUCUAAACAAUGUGGUACAUAAAACAUCACGAGUUGCUUCAAUAGAAACGAAUGAAAAUGCACCAACACUUCCUCUGGUAAAAAUUUAAAUGAUACAGUUGAACAACUGUUCUGUUGGUGCUCACAAAAAGCAGAGACUUGAAAGUACAUGUAUUUAGUUUUCAGUUAAAAACUUUAAAGUUUGUUUAAAAGUACACUGGUAAUACAGUUGUUUUGAUUUCUGCUGUUUCUGUUUUGGACAAAAUUUAAAUAGUAAAAACAAAUUAAGGCCAUUAGUUUUCUCUACUGAAUUAUUUCACAUUUUAUUAUCCUGUGCCCUUUAAUACUUUGUUAUGUGGUACAGGUUUAGCUCAAUAUUGGAGGCAAUACAGUGACCUGUAGUUGUUAAAAUCCUUGUUCUUUGGUCUUUUUUUUUGAUAUUUGUCUCUUUGGCAUUCUUUCCACUUCUCAUUUUUAUAAAAUUUGAAAUUGUUUUUACCAUUUGCAGGUUAUCUCAGAUUCCCAUGCUGUGCACAUUGAAAUCAUAUUAUAGUUAUAUUUUUGCAUAUUGUGGAUCAAUUCAAGUAAGAUAUGUGCAGACAAAUGCAAAUCAUAAAUAUAUUUUAUUUUAAAAUAACUUUUAAAACAAGAAUGUGUCCAUAGUACAUGGAUGCCCCACUCGCACUUUCAUUUUCUAUGUUCAGUGGAUCGUGAAAAUGGGGUCAAAACUCUAAUUUGGCAUUAAAAUUAGAAAGAUCAUAUCAUAGGGAACAUGUGUACUAAGUGUCAAGUUGAUUGGACUUCAACUUCAUCAAAAACUACCUUGACCAAAAACUUUAACCUAAAGUGGGACAGACGGACGAA